CGUCGCAGGGUCAGUUCUGGGCAGCCCUACGGGCCGAAAAACAGCAGGUGGCCACACUGUCUCUGCUGCCAGAGGCAAGCCUGAGCCUGGUAAAAAGGUGCCCCACGCGCGGCCUGCCACAGGUGAAGCCUGCCCGGUAGAAAGGCGCCCCACGCGCGGCCGCUGCGACGCAUGGACAGCCUCGGCAGCGCCUACCGCGACAUAGCAGGGCAGCCAGCCACAAGUGACCGCCGCGGCGAGGCCGCGAAUCGGCGGGAGGCCAUCUCCCAGCUCGAGGCGAUCGUCAAAGUGUCGACGGACGUCCUGGGCCCCGAGCACCGGGACACGAUCGCGAACGAGGCCACGCUCGCGAGGCUGCGAGAAGCGCAGGCGCGCGAGGCCAGCUAGAUGGCGGCGGCCGAGGACUACGACUGGACGCGGCCUUAUAGGACGUGGGAGGCGACGCUCAAGAAACAAGACGAUGAGGAGGACGCCGCGGCGGCCACGAAACGAAGGGAGGCCGCGGCCGCCGCCGCGGCCUGCGGCGGCUGCCGGAACCUCGACAGGACCGAGGAGCGGGCCUUGUUCGCGCAGCCUGUUCAUGAAACGCUGAAGGGCGCCCAGCUCGCCGUAGAAAGGGGCGACCGCAUGUUUCAUGAAGGUAGACUAGAGCGCUCGAUACAGUGGUACGAGAAGGCAUUGGUGGCCUACGACUACGCGUUUCCCGAAGAUGGUGAAACGCAAAGGCUAUUGGACGCCAUGCGGCGCGACGCUUUACUCGGUUCGGCGCGCGUCUACCUCGAGGCGAAGCUGCCGCGGGCGGCCCUCCGGAGCUGCCGGGAGGUCUCUGGGAACGACGAGGCGCGGCUGCUGGAGGCGCGGGCGUGCCGCGAGCUCGAUUUGUUCGACGAGGCGCGGACGGCUCUUUCUGAUAUUGACGCGCCGCGCGAGCGCGCACUACUACAAGCGCGCGAGCGGGCCUACGCGACCAACUCGAAGGUUGUGUCCAAGCGCAUCGUCGGCGGCCUCCAUCAAAAGAAACUACAGAAGGGUAUCCUGCCUGCAUCAAUUCCGGCCUGCCAGCGCGACGAGUUGGACGACGCCGCGCAACCUAUCAAAACUGCCGCGGAGGCCUUCUCCAGCUUAGUGGAGACCCUAGAUGGCGACGAUAUCAAAGACCGCUCAAGCCUAAUGUGUACUUAGUAGA